UUCUUUCUGUUUCGGUAACAAAAGCUGUCACGGUUCGAACCGCCAAAAAUGGCGCCUGUGAGAAGCACAGGCGCUAUUGUGGCGGCAGUCUCUGUGUCAAUGGCGUUGCUCUCUCUCUUCCUCUACAAGUCCAAACUCUCCUCCAAAAAGACCAAACUAACCCUGCCCUCGAAGAAAAAUCACACGAAUGGCCUCGUUGGUGCCAUCGGCAACACCCCUCUGAUCCGCAUCAACAGCCUCUCUGACGCCACCGGCUGUGAAAUUCUUGGGAAGUGCGAGUUUUUGAACCCGGGAGGGAGUGUGAAAGACAGAGUUGCUGUCAAAAUUAUUGCAGAGGCUUUGGAAUCUGGAGACCUUGCUCCAGGUGGAGUAGUCACUGAGGGGAGUGCAGGAAGCACAGCUAUAAGCCUUGCUACGGUUGCUCCUGCUUAUGGUUGCAAAUGUCACGUGGUUAUACCUGAUGACGCUGCUAUUGAGAAGUCUCAAAUACUUGAAGCCCUGGGAGCGACUGUUGAAAGGGUAAGACCAGUGUCAAUUACGCACAGAGACCACUUUGUGAAUAUUGCUAGGCGACGGGCAACGGAAGCAAAUGAAUUAGCAAUGAAGCAUAGGAAAGAUGAACAAAUGAAUGGCCAAGCCCUUGAGCAGACUAAUGGUUUCCAAUGUGAUGGAGAGAAACAAAGUGUGGUAUCAAGUUACACAGGUGGUUACUUUGCUGAUCAGUUUGAAAAUAUGGCAAACUUCCGGGCCCACUAUGAGGGUACCGGGCCUGAAAUUUGGGAACAGACUGGAGGAAAUGUAGAUGCAUUUGUGGCGGCAGCAGGAACAGGUGGUACAGUGGCUGGUGUGUCCAGGUUUCUCCAGGAAAAGAAGUCUAAUGUUAAGUGCUUCCUGAUAGAUCCCCCUGGUUCCGGUUUAUACAAUAAAGUUACAAGGGGAGUGAUGUACACUAGAGAGGAGGCUGAAGGACGAAGGCUAAAAAAUCCAUUUGACACGAUAACUGAAGGAAUUGGAAUCAAUAGAAUAACAAAGAACUUUAUGAUGGCAAAACUUGACGGGGCUUUCCGAGGCACAGAUAAAGAAGCUGUUGAAAUGUCCAGGUUUCUUAUGAAGAACGAUGGGCUCUUUUUGGGGAGUUCUUCGGCCAUGAAUUGUGUUGGAGCAGUCCGAGCGGCACAGGCACUUGGUCCCGGUCACACAAUUGUGACCAUUUUAUGCGAUAGUGGGAUGAGACAUUUGAGCAAAUUUUUCAGCGCUGAGUAUCUGUCUCAAUAUGGAUUGACACCCUCGGCUAGCGGAUUAGAGUUCCUGGGUGUUGGAUGAGGUUCUGCAUCGGCCAAGAGGAUCCAUUUCUCUCUCUGCAGUUCCAUCCAAAGAGCAGCAACACUUUAGCAGUCACAUUCAAGAGAUUAACAUGACAAUUCUGUUCGAUUAAAUUCCCGAAGAUUACAUAAUUUUGUACUGGCAAAAUGUUUGCAUCUCUUCGAUUUUUCAUCUACAUUGUCGAUUUUAGGGCGUUGAGUUCUGUAUUGAAAUGAAUGCUUCUCUUUGAAUGUU